CGUCUGCAACCGGACAAGAAAGAGGAAGUGUCUAACACAUUCUCUCCCCCGUCCUUCUAUUUUACAGGUUAGUGUAAAGGUUUUGUGGCGACCGUAAGGGAUUGACAUCAUUUACUGACAAAUUAAGGAGAUAUUUGGAGCCAACUUAAUUAGUUUUAAAAUGGGUAAUCGGGCCGGAUCAAUUCAACUCCAAGAGGACGAAAUCCGGGAAAUUCAAGAAGAAACAGGAUUUUCACACAAUCAGAUUGUACGACUGUACAGUAGAUUUACAAGCUUGGAUAAGGAAAACAAUGGAUCACUGAGUCGUGAGGACUUCCUGCGCAUACCUGAGCUAGCCAUUAAUCCACUUGGGGACAGAAUUGUACACGCCUUUUUCAAUGAGGGAACGGAUGAUUCUGUGAAUUUCCGCCAGUUUUUGAGAGUCUUAGGAAGGUUUCGACCUCUGAAAGCUGCACAGGAAAAGAACAAACUGAACACAAGAGAAGAGAAACUGAAGUUUGCCUUUAAGAUGUAUGACUUGGAUGGUGAUGAUAAGAUCUCACGUGAUGAGCUACUGGCUGUGCUGCACAUGAUGGUAGGAGCAAACAUCUCAGAGGAACAGUUAGGGAGUAUCGCUGACAGAACCAUCACUGAGGCAGACAAAGAUGGAGAUCAGCACAUCUCAUUUGAAGAGUUUGUGUCGGCCAUGGAACGUGUUGAUGUUGAACAGAAAAUGAGCAUCCGAUUCCUCCACUAGCUUGACAGCCACAGGAUUUUCAAAUACUUUUACUUGGAAAAUGUACAUGACAAUUCUAGAUCUACUCAUCUAUAUCAUUACUUGACCUAGCACAGACAGGUCUUAUAAAGUGUUAAAGUUUAGUGAUAAAGAAUAUUGCUCAGAGAUUAUAUGCUUACCUUGGCCACACACUAUCACUUUUCUCUCGCUCUUUCCUUCUUCUUUAGAAUCCUCUGAACCAUAAAAUACUUAGCCUUGUGAAUUGAGAGAUUACAGAGUAAAACCCGAGAAUUAUAUGAUUUGGUGGCUGUUUCAUGUGAAACUAAACAGACACGCAUAGAAUGUGCUGUGCAUAGGACUUUAUAUACCAACCUCAUAAGGAAUUCUAAGACUGUUAUACCACCUGGACAUUCAUUAAUAAUGUAAUGGAGCACUGGCAGUUGUGCUUCUCUCAGCAGAUGCACGAAAUAAGGAUUUUAUUAUGAAACAUGUUGCAUAGAUGAUGGAUAUCGUCAACUCUCUGUAACAGACAUCCUGUCAAAGCUGCAAUGGGAUAUUCAGUAUCAGUAAAAAGACUUAAAAUGUACCAUUUGGACUUCUACCGGUAUCCCAUUGGUUUGCUUAAACAUAUUAAUCAUAGGGUACCACAGUUUAGGGACACGUAUAUAAGAAAUUUACAUACUUGUAUGCAUUUGGUAACCUGGAUUCCAUAAAUCAGUUACUUGGGAACAGUUAAAGGUAGUGGUACAUUUGCAUUUACUCACCAAACAAUGCUAAAUGGCAUAUGACUUUGGCUGUUAUAACAUAUGUAUAGUGUAAAGUUCAUGUUUGUAAUGGCUUCUUGAGGACUUCUUUAGCCUUGGCAAUGUUCUUCCACUGCAUGUCAGAAUUGUAAAUGCAGGUUUAGAAUAUUCUGAAAAGUAUUGCAGAAAUUUGAUGGUUUAAAUCUGCUGUUUAGAUCAUGUGGGUGGAGGAAACCCUACGACAAAGCGAGUUACACAGUGCUUGCGUGUGAAAGGAAUUUACAUGUACCAAGCUUUUGUAUACACAAUUUAUCUUAUGUGAUUGAAUAUUUUGGUCAUAUUGAGGAUCUGUAUUGUUAAAACUGUGCGCAGGUGGGUGUGUGUGUGUGUAGCAAAACUUGUGUUUUACUUUAUAGAUGUAUAUUUACAGAAAAACCUAUACAGUCUUUGUUGUUAAUUAAAAGAAUGUCCAGACAAUGUGACUCAUAAAUGCACAUGUUAAGUAACCCGAUAUUACAGACCUAACAAUGUUUCACUACCCUAAUCCAAUAAUUUAAGCAAAAUUGUCUUAAGUGUUAAUAUUAUCGUCUUUCACAGAUAUCACUUUGCAAUGAAAACUUGUUUCUGAUUAUCUGAUUAUCAUCUGUCUAAAAUACUUCAGCAUUGGAUUCUUGAGAUUGAAUCACUUGCAUAUAAAUGUAUGUAGUACUAAAUGUACGUUACCUGUAAUGAUAAUUACUCCAGCGUAUAUAAGGUAUAUCAUUACGGUGAUAUGUAACAGCACAUGCACUCUCUUUAUAUUUGCCUUCAAUGUAAACCAUAAAAAAUAACAAAAACCUGUGAAACGAUAAUUUGCAGGUACAAUUAUGUCAGAACUUCAUACAGUGUAGAUGAUCAUACAAUAUAGUGUAGAUCUUCAUAAGUUAAUGCAUACACAUAUAUCCUGUUACAACAAGUUUUAUCAACAGGAACCAGAAGGCACAGUCUUGAGCAAAUGUAAAAAUCAACCAUUUGGGGGGUGGGGGGGGGGGGGUGUAGUGAAUCCAUAUCCACAUUAACUUAGCAAAGUAUUAUCUUGUUUAAAUCGUGUGAGGCAAAAAAAAUGUACAAAGGUUGUGAAAAGGAAGUGUAUGGGAAUGUUUUAGUGGUUUCCAAUUGCUCUGUGAUAUGUGUUGGAUGGGUCAAAAAUAACUGAGAUUGUUGGCUAUGUUUGUGUCUAUGAUGUUUACAUAAAUCAUUAUAAUGGGUAUUUUCUAUAUAUAAAGGUAAGGUUAUUUGAAGUAGAUUAACUUUAAAUGUUUAAACAUAUUCACUUAUCCCUGAACUGUUUUCUUUAUGAAUAACUACAUGAAUAAUGAUGGAAUUAAUGUUUUCCAUCCUACCACCAACACCAGGAUGAAUCUUUUUCUUGUAUGUAAAAUUAUAGAUCAGAAAUCAAUGUCUGACACAAACUUUUUUAUCUUGUUAGCUUGAGCGUGAUUUCUGAUAUUCAGUCCAAAGUCACUUGGUAGAUAUAGUUGCAUGUACUACAUGUGAUUUGGUGCUACAUGUACUGCACAGUUUUGCCAUAUUAUUUUUGUCACUUUACAUUCAAGGAGAACAUUAAUAAAGAACUAGUGUAUUGUUAAAAUUUCCUUGUUUUU